UACGAAAUUUUGCAGGCCGCUGCGUCGCCGGCGCUGUAGAGCAUGAUUAAUCGGUCGCAGAAGCGGCGGAGCUCCGAACGGAAAAUUCCCAUACUUGACGUGCCAGACGACGCCGUUUCCUUGUUCAUUCAGUUUCUUUAUUCGUACGGAUGUGCUUCAGCUUGCAACACUGUAGAUGAUCUUCACCUCAAAUGCAUGAACAUGCUCUCGACAAAUUUCAAGGCGCUUCAGGAAACCGAAGGCUGGAAGUUCAUACAAAAUCACGACCCCUUUCUCGAGCUCCAGAUCUGGCAAUCCAUCGAUGAAUCUGAGUCGAUGAAGAAGAGGACAAGGAGGCGUAGAAAGGAGCGGAGUUUGUAUAUAGAGCUAAGUGAGGCUAUGUCCUGCCUCGAACAUAUAUGCGAUAUGGAUCUGAGCGGAGAAAAGGGGCCUUGCAGCAAGUUCUCGACUUGCCACGGCCCCCAGCUUCUGAUCAAGCACGUUGGUGGCUGCAAGAAGCGGGUUAACAGAGGGUGUUUGCGCUGUAAACGGAUGUGGCAACUCUUUAGGCUGCAUUCCUCCAUUUGUGACCAUUAUGAUGAAUGCAGAGUUCCUCUAUGCAGAUUUACCAUUUGGUACCACAACUAGCGCCGAUCCCAUACUCUUGACUGAGGCAGUGAGAUAUUAUAUCCAGGUGGUCUAGUUGAUAAAACAGUAUUUAUAAUUCGUGGAAAGAUGAAGAGCACAGGAAAAGAGGGCUACGAUUCUAUCCUGUCUGAAGGCGAUGUUUGCGGAGAAGAACUACUUACCUGGUGCCUCGAACAUUCUUCUUUUAGUAAAGAUAGAACGAGUAUCAGAUUUCCACAACACAGGCUGUUGAGCGACAGGCAGGUAACUUGCUUAACAAACGUCGAAGCCUUUGUAUUAAGAGCUGCUGAUUUUGAAGAAGUCGCGGGUCUCUUGAUAAGAUUCUUGAAUAAUCCACUCAUUCAGAGCGUCAUAAGGUAACUUUUAUUUGUAGCCCUUCCAAGAAAAAGCCUAAAAGUGGGUCUAUAAAUGAAUGGAGGAAUAAAAAAGCCUCUGAUUCUGAUCUCAGUAUGAACAGAGAUUUCUUUUUUGAAAGUGAGACUGACAAAGAAAUCACCCAACUAUAACCCAUUUUGCAAUUCCAACGCUACUUUCAAAAGGUUAUUCCUCUAGCUUGAGCCUUUUUUAUAUAUAAGUUCUAUAGUUCUCGUCUUGCAUUCAAGGGGGCUGUACGCAAGUUGUCCGGGAGUCGAUAACCUAUUGGAGUCGAACGGAGAUACACUUUAAAGGCACAUCACAUAGUGCUUCUUGUUUCCUCCUUCGAUAUCUCCCAUAAAUUCAAUUGUUGAUUCUCUUGUUGCAGGUAUGAAUCACCUCAUUGGCGUGGAAUCGCAGCUAGACGAAUCCAACUAGCGUGGAGACACAGAAGGAAGCAAACAAAUCAAGUAGGUUCCUCAAGGUGACCGCACAACUUGCCAUCUCGGUGACUCGCUUUUA